UCAUCCCCCCGGGUGAUGAAGAGGUUAAGCCAGCCCCUCUCCGCCUGCUUGCAGCCUCCUUCUGUCCUGCAGCUCCAGUCCGGCUCCAGGCAGCCUCAGUGCGCACGGCAGAACAUGACGCUUUAACUCCUUCCCUCCUCUUGCAUGGGGAUGUAAUUUUUUUUCACCUAAAAGUUCUGGAGAGACCCCCCGCCCUCCCCGCUGACCCCCUGGGCCACUCCCACUCACCCUGCCUCGUCGCCCUUCUCCCGGGUUCCAUGCGUCGGGAGCGCCAUGGCCGCCCCGAGCGCGCAGCAGCAGCAGCACCAGAACCAGGAUUACUUCCGAUCUGUUAGCAGCGAGUCCACCACCUACAUGAUGGUUCCGGCCGGCGGACCCGGCGGCACAGGGCGCAGGGAAGCGCCCUCCAAGAUGUGGGUGGCUCUGGUGGUGGUCGUGGUGGUGGUGCUGCAGGUCGCCUCCACCACUGGGCUCUUUGUCUACCUGAACAUGUCCAUAUCACAGGUGCGCAGUCAAGGAGUAACAGAGGAGCUCAAGUGCCUGAGUCUACUCAACGCUCUGGACCAGGACAUCCCUGACCAGCUGGCCCAGCUCCUGGGAGAACCCUGCAUCAAGCUGGCCGAGGGCAUCAAAGCCUACAUCUCCAAGGUGACUGAGAACAUCAUCUCCAAGCAAACUUUCAUGGUGGCCAGAACCAUGCCUCGCACCUUCAACAACUCGGGGUCGAAGUUCAUGAGCUCACUGGUCCAAAGGCCGUCGGCUCACUUGACCCUCAGAGACACCAGUUCACAAGGCUACUCUCAGCCAGGCCUCCACCAGUCCUGCCGCCACGUGGUGCGCUCCUGGGCCAAUCAGAGUUUGGGCGCUCACCUGCACAACAUGACGUUAACCAACGGCAGGCUGCGAGUGCCCCAGGACGGGCGCUACUACCUGUACUCACAGGUUUACUUCCGUUACCCGUCACCCGCCGCCGGGGACGGGGACCAGCGCAGCGUCAGCCACCAGCUGGUGCAAUGCGUCUACAAGAAGACGUCCUACCCGAGCCCUAUUCAGCUUCUGAAGGGGGUGGGCACCAAGUGUUGGGCCCCCGACGCUGAGUACGCCCUCCACUCCGUCUACCAAGGGGGACUAUUUGAGCUGAGGGCCGGUGACGAACUCUUCGUCUCUGUGUCGUCACCGACGAUGCUGAACGCCGACGAUUCGUCCAGCUACUUUGGCGCCUUCCGACUAGAUCUCUGAGGAUAAAGACUGCUGGGUGCUGAUGGGCGCAGUCUUUGGAACAAUCCACUCACUGAAGCCUGGAGGUUGAGUUCCCAGGUCUGUUUGGAAGGAUGCUGUGGGGCUGAGCGAGAGGACAAGGAAAAGGGCGAUUCCGAUGUUCCUCCUUUGAGCCAACGCAAAUCACAAGGGGGCAGACAAGAGGACUGUGCUGCUAUGCUACAUUCAGUAAUUAUGAAUCUGCUAGUUGUUUUGCAAGGGAAUCCUCACAUUUGGACUCCAGACCGAAGAAUGUACGGACAAUAAAAAGGCGACGUUGAAGUAACGUGGAGCAAAUGAGUGUGCCAUGGGGAUUGUGUACAUAGAAACAUGUGACUGAGGAUGAAGGCUGGUGAUUUUAAAAGUCUAUUUUUUACUUGGGAUGGACAAGGGCCACCUCACUAAGAACUGCGCCAACACGAGUUGUGGACUUUGAAGUGAGGGCAGCGAGAAGGAGGGUGAUGGGUGGGAGAGCAGACUGAGCCAGACAAGCGAAGGAUAAAAAGACAGGAAAAGAAAGAGGCCGAAACUAGUGAGCAGUUUAGCCUCCUUUCUCUUUUUGCUUCUUCACUUUCACAUGUAAACAAACAAUCUGGUCUUUCCUGUGGAACCUGCGAAGCUGCCACUCGCAUGUAAAGCAUUCAAGGCUUCUACGUGGGAACAUUUGCACAUUUUAAGAGUUAGCCUCAAACUGAGUUAACGUUUACUUUUUAUACACAACACUACAAAGUUCCAGUUUAACAGCCGAAGUUUGGAGAAUUUCUAUUAAAGCAAAAAAGGUCUUUAAAAUAAACAAUGUGAGGCUUUUAAAGCCAGGAUGUCAAAUUAAUGGUGUGUUCACAUGUGUGUUUAUACUGAAACUAUCCAUCGAUUUGUAUGAAUUGCCAAUAAUCACUGACAAGACAAGCUAACCUCUGCUAAAGACUGAACAUCAAAGCUAUUGACUACCAAUGCUCGGAAUGGGCAGAAAAAGGGCUGUGACGCCGCAUGCAGAGGAGGAGCAUGUGGAAGAGCGCCAGGUACUAACCGAGAAGUAAUGACGAUGUUGAACAACAUGAGGAAGGGGAACUAUCAAGGCACAAAACGAUGACAUAAGAAGGCAAUCAAAGUCAUGUCAAAGAGUUGUCAGAUGAGACUGCAGCACUACAAAAUGUUGGUCUGGCAGAAAAAAAUGGAUGCUUUAAAGAAGGACGGGAUAACAUUGCAAAUGACGUGCUGAGUGGAUGAUUUGGAACAGGGCACAUGCAUGAACAACGUGUUUGUGACUGGGCUCCACAUGACACGUGUGUGUUAUCCCAGAGCAGCUGAGAACAGAGGAGAACAAGAUGAUGUUGCUUCAGCAGAGUAACAGGUGGCCAAAAUGUGGCAAUCAAAGGAUGUGGCUGUCAACAACAUUGAUACAUGCAUUUCAAUGUAUGGAAGGAAUAACGACACCACGCAUGUCAACAUCAUUAAGUUGACCCCCAAAAAAUGCAAAAUAGCUUUGCUGAAAUGUCUAUACAGUAUACGUAAAUGUGCAUCUGACACAAUGCAAUGUGUGGGCAACAUCGCCCUGCCAUCAACUGUAAAAUCUACAUCAAUUCAAUUUAAAUGGAGAACCAAAAGAAGCCAAAGUCCUUGUUGUCAAAGACCUCAAGGAACUGGACAACUAUUGAAGGUGGCAUCCUGAUGCCAAGGAAGACGAAAGACACACCACACAAAGAAAGAUGCCAUCUGACGUAACACAUUCAUCAACUAUGGACUAUGACAAUAUGACACUAGUGACGUGGAUCGGGACACUAAAUUCCUUUUCAAUUUUAGCCACAACUACUUUUACAAAAUGCAGGAACAAUACAGCAACAGCAUUACAUUUAACAAUAAAUAAUGAUUCACAUCAACAGCAGAAGCAUGUGUGCCAGUGAUAACAAUAUUAAACAAUCCAUCCAUCCACCUUCUAUGCCGCUUCCCCUCACUAGUGUUGCGGGGGUAUGCUGGAGCCCAGUUAACUUCAGGGUACACACUGGUUUAUGUGCCCUGGACACAAACAACCACUCACAUUCAUACCUAUGGACAUUGUAGAGUCGCCAUUUAACCUAACAUGCAUGAAUGUGGGAGGAAGCCAGAGUACCCGGAGAAAAGCCACGCACACACAGGGAGAACAUGCAAACUCCACACAGAGAGGUCCGACGGAGAUUCAAACUCAGGUAUUCUACAUCUCCUGACUGUGUGGCCAUCAUGCUCACCGCUCGGCCAUCGUACAGCCCAUUUUUUCAUAAUCACAGUUUCCAAAAUCCUGCACAAACUAGUAAAACAAUAAAUAAUAAAAAGUAAAAGUACAAAUGAAUACAAUAAAAGCUAAUAAAUCAAAUAACACCAAAAACAUUUAGAACAACAAUACAUAAAAUAGAUCAAAAUCAAACCUAAGAAAAAUAAAACCAAUCAAAACUAAAAAGAAAGCAAUAAAAGACACGGAGGACACAACUCACGGCGAGUUAAAAGCUAGAAAAUAUAAGUGGGUGUUAAGACACUCUCAUUCACACCCGUGGACAAAGUCUCCAAUUAACCUAACAUGCAAUUUAUGGGGAUGUGAGAGGAAGCCGGACUACACAGAAUAAAACUACGGACAUAACAUGCAAACUCCACACAGACAUGUUCGCAGAUUCAAACUUGGAUCGCCAGACUGUUGGACUGACUUGUUUGAUUUUAACAACAUUUUGCAGACGAUUGGAGCGCUGGUCAAGCAACCAACCAUUACAUUAUGUUGUAAAAAUUCAAGACUUUAAGAUUGUUUGGCCUUAAUGUCGGUCCACUCAGAGUGCUCUUAUAAAUCCUACAUAUGAAGGGCUUUUGGAGCAGAAGGAUUGCCAAAAAAGUGCUGUCACGUCUGAGCUGCAGGUCAAAAUGUGCAAGAGGUAAACACAUGCAAACACUUUGCCGACAGCAGCUCCAAGCGGAACCAUCUGCUGCACAUUUGGACCCGAGUGAGCCGGAGCCAAACAGUUUGUCCAGCAAAUUAUAGGAAAGCACAUUUGGGAAGGAGGAGGAGGAUAUUCGCAGAUGAAAACCACGCUCCGACCAGCACGCCCUCGACCCCAGCGAGCCUCGGCCAGGGCGUGCGUACGUACAUGCACGCGCUCAUAACUGCAGUGGCACAUCAUCAUCAUCCAGCGUAAAGACAUAAACGCUCUCGUUUAGCCAUGCUGUCUAGCCGACCCAUGGUAGUUAGUGUGUGUAGAACGUGUUUGCUUGAGGGGCUCCCUUCUGUCAAAAAUCAAGGUCAAACUAAAGUCUAUUUACAACAUCCUGUUUUCCUUUAAGAGGAAAAACAUUGUCUCCACUGUCACGUCAAGUGCACAUGCAUAUGCGUGUAUAUCCUAAAUGCACUGGACACAAUGGACACACCCAUACAAAGCCCUAAAAAUGCCUAUUUUUAAAUAGCUAAAUCCUAUAAUAUGCUUAUCACAGUUAUUAACACUGACAAACAAUUACAGGUAUACAGUGUACAGUAUCAUACUUAAAAAACAUAUUGUCAGAGCGUCAUCCUGCAAAUUAUUUACAAUUUAAAACAGAGAAAAAAAAUCUGCAAAUAUGGGGGGAUUGAAUGCAAAACUGUGAAUAGGCGAGGGCCUGCUGUUCACUACAUGCGCAUGGCCAUGAGUGUACACCCGACACACACUAAAGAAACUACAACCUCCUCUUAUAAGUGCCUUUUGCCAAAACAACAACUAAUUUUUCUCAGAGAAACAGACAGCUGAGGCGGGUGUGGCGGCCAUCUUUGUCACACAACCUGUGACAGUUCCAGCACUGUGAACGCAUCAAUAAAGUACAUUUUGUCCAACUGUCUCCAGUGUGUCACUUUGUGAAGUAUCACAUUAUUUCAUACAUACAUCUUAUUGCCACUACGUUCCACGCU